GCUGCAGCACGCGCGUCGGCACCGCUCGAGCGUAGCGCGGGCGACAGCCACCUGGCCCGCACUGUCACCCUGAUCUAGCGCCCUGCCGACGCCCGGGAGGAGAUUGCGAUCAGAGCGCCAGGGGACACCUCCUUACUGACAGCCAUGCAGCCGAGCGGGGAAGAGUUAUGACAAUCACAGAGACAGCUGGAGGCACUGUUUGGGCUCAGUGACCGCUGGUUUCCGAUGUAUCCCGCGAUGUCGCCGAUGGGUACAAGUGACGACGCGACCCUGCGGCGCAUGCGCACUGCCCACGACCAAUCAGCGCUCAAGUCGGCGCCCAGCGGCCUCAUGAUGGAAGUGGCCAUCCGGUGCACCGUGCCCAGCUGCUCCUGCGAGUGCUUCAGCCCUGGGAAGAGUAACGUCAGAUACUGCGACGGCUGUAACCACAGCUGGGUGCCGCAUGCGCUGGACAAGCUGGGCGGCCAGACGACGGUGCAGGCGAACGCCGCCUUCGACAUCGCGAGCCUCGUGCUGUACGGCUGCCAGGCGCUGCCCAUCAGGCUCAAGAUCCUGCUGGACAGGCUCUUCUCCGUGCUGCGCCGCGACGAGCUGCUGCACGUGCUUGCCGGCUUCGGCUGGUCGCUGGACGACUACGCCCGCGGCUACAUCCUGCAGCUGUCGGACGGCACGCCGCUGGAGCGGUGGCACAUGUGCGCGGCGGACGAGGAGCCGCUGGUGGUGCGGCAGUUCCUGCGCUUCAGCGAGACGCGCGCGCUGGCGCUGCAGCUGCUGGCCGCCGACGUGCGCCGCGCGCUCGCCUCGCCGCCGCCCGUCGUGCUGCCGCCGCCCUCGCCGCCCAUGACGCCGCCCCACCUGCCGCAGCAGCACCACCACCACCACCAACACCAGCAGCAGCAGCAGCAGCUGUCCGCGUCCGGCGCCAGCCGAGCGCCGCCGCCGGCCUCCACCUCCAGCGCCAACGGGAAGGCGCCGUCGCCCUCCGACUGGAGCGGCACCAAGCAGCCGGCGGCGGAGGCGAACGGCGGCCCGAUGAACCUCAGCACGGGCGGGCGCGCCGCCGCCAAGCCCGCGGGCCCUCCGCCUUACUCGGCGGUCGCCCCGCUACCUGCCAGCGGACGCGCCGCCUCCAACGGCGGCCGCAAGUACACCGUGGCCGACAUCCUCAACGGAGGCUGCUCCGAGGAGCGCUCCCCGCUGGCGCACAGCGCGCUCAACCUCAGCCGCGACGCGCUGGACGGCCUCAGGAUGCGCCCGGCGCCGCCCAAGCCGCCUCCGCCGCCCCCGCCGCCGCUGACGCCGCAGCAGCAUCAGCAGCAGCAGCACCAACAGCAGCAACUGCCACCUCAGCUGCCGGCUGCGGCGGCCACAUCGACGCCGCUAAAGCGCCAGUGGCGCUCCGGCUCGUGCGACCUGCCCAUCAACCUGGGCACACAGAUCGUCAACCCCACCACAGGCAAGAAGCGCGUCCAGUGUAACGUCUGUUUCAAGACCUUCUGCGAUAAGGGCGCUCUCAAGAUACACUUCUCCGCCGUCCACCUGCGGGAGAUGCACAAGUGCACCGUGGAGGGCUGCAGCAUGAUGUUCAGCUCGCGGAGGUCGCGCAACCGGCACAGCGCCAACCCCAACCCCAAGCUGCACUCGCCGUACCUGCGGCGCAAGAUGUCGCCGCACGACGGGCGGUCUGCGCAGGCGCGCCAGAUGCUGAUGCCGCCGCCCGCCGCCGCCGCAGCCGCCGCCGCCGCCGCCGCCGCGGCCGCCGCCGGCGACCCGCUGGCGCUGUCCUCGGCCCUGGGUUCGCUGCCCUUCCCGCCCUUCCCGCUGCUCAUGCCGCCCCCGCACCUGCUCAAGCACGGACUCGACAUGAGGUUCGGCGAGGAAUGCCGCCAGGAACAGUGGAACAGUAUGAGCCUGGCGAGGCCUGCGGAAGACAAUGCGGCGUCGAGCAGCAGCAGCCGACCCACCGAGGAGGACGACAUGUUCGACGACGACGACUACGGCAUCGUCGUCGACGGAGACAUGGACGACGACGAGAUGGAGGAACGCGACGAAACUGACGACCAUUCUUCGAAGAACGACGAGGCGGAAGACGCCAGUGUGAGCGACUCGCAGGCCAGUGGGGCGCAGCUCAACGCCGAGACCAAGACUGACGAAGAGGUGCAGAGCAACCCGGAGGGCGGCGACGCCCCUCUGGAGCCGGCUGACGGGACCGGGUUGAAGCAGGAGCAGGCGGUGGACGGCGUCUCGUCCCCGAAGAGUUCUCGCAAGAGGAAGAACAAAAAUCCGACGCGCUUCAUGGUGUCCAACCACAAAGAAGGUACGUCGUCGGUGGAGGACGGGUCAGUGUGUGACGAAACAUAUGACUCAGCUGCUUGUAACGAGGAGAGGAUUGACAACGAAAGACUGAUGGCGCAAGUGAAAACGGAGCCCAUGGAAGAGGACGAGAAGGUAAAUGCGAAAGAAGACUGGCAAGGAAGACAGGAGAGUGAAGACGUGGUGCACUGUGAGAGCGCCAGGAGUGACAAUGCCGACUGCGAGUCCAGCAGGAUAGGUCCUGACGAACAGUGUUGGGAGAAAAAGGAAGAAACUGCGAGCGUGAAAUUAGAGCCCGACUACCAGUCUGCCUCCUGCGGGAGUAUCAAGCGGGAGUUCUCCGACCAGAUGGCGGCAGCGGCGGACCAGGCCGCCGGCGGGUACUACUACCAGCACCACCAAUCCGCCAACUCCUCGUUCAGCGUGGGCAGCGCACUGCAGCAGCUGGAGUGCCUCUCGCAGCGGCAGUUCAGCGGCCUGCAGUACCUGCAGCACAGCGCCGGCCAGCAUAGCCCCGCGUCGGCGGCGCCGUCCACCAGCCCCUCCGGCUCGUCCAAGGACUCGAGCGGCGGCUGCGACGACUGCUGCCUGCCCGAGGUGGACCCGGAGAACCCGCGACGCUGCCCCGUGUGCGGCGACGUGCUGGCCGACGUGUUCGCGGUGCGCGCGCACAUGCAGAGCGCGCACAUGCGGCUGGUGCACGCGUGCAGCUUCCAGGGCUGCAAGGCGGCCUUCCCGUCGCGCCGCAGCCGCGACCGCCACAGCGACAACCUGCGCAUGCACCGCCGCCUGCUGUCCACGCCGCACUCUGAUGCCGCGUCCGCCGCCGCUGCCGCGCUCUUCGCCGACAUGAUGGCCUACAGCGACGCCGCCAGCGAGGCGUUCGCCAAGCAGUGCCAGCCCAGAUCUGUCGACAUGUGAACUGGAACUGGUCUGAGGUGCUCCAGAGCCGGUGCUGCCUCACUACUUCCCGAGUCCUCCCCCAGGUCUGUCGAUAUGUGAACUGGAACUGGUCCGAGGUGCUCCAGAGCCGGCGCUGCCUCACUACUUCCCCAGUCCUCCUACUGUGCUGCUGUGUAGAAACCGACGAACCACCUCAAACGAGUAAUCCAAUAAACACUACUUAUCGCGCUUCCCUGUCAGUGCCGCGCUACCACUCAUAAGCGUACUAAAGCACAGCCAUAGUACUGCUCACUGAAAUGAGGUCAGAAGACACGUGUGAUGUCGCUAGGCACGCAUUCCCCAAUCAGUGCCACCACAAGCGUUUCGACUUGUGAACUGACCUGAGGUUCUUCAGAACCGAUGGUGCCUCAGUACAACUCCCGUCCUCAUAUUAUGCCACAGUGGACCAGAGGAAGCGAAUUCUUUGGGACGAGUAACCCAAUAAUAUUACUUCUCAUGCUGGCCCAUCAAAGCCACGAAGUGAUCUACUGGUAAAAUGAUGCAUAUACAUAAUUUCAGUCUUCAAAAUGAGGUUUAGUAACCUCACAUGUUUAAUAAGUCAAAACUUUUCCCUCUAUUUUAAAUUCAGAAAAAAAUUGUGCCAUCUAACAAGGACACAACACAAAGCCUAUUACAAGAUAGCAGUUCCAGGUACACGUGUGUAUCAAUACAUACAGGACAGAUGUUAAGGUUCGUGCUGUAAUGCGAGUCAGAAGAGAAUAAACCUUUCAACUUUCUUCUACAGUUCAAAGAUAGAGCAGUACUAGCUAGUGACUGACGCGAAGUUCUAUUUGAAAAAAUAUAGAGAAGAUAGCGAGUACACUUGCUAAUCAGAAUAUUGGGGAUGCUAAACGGGAAAAUACCCUUGAUACUGUUGGUAACCUGCAUUGGAGUCAUACAGUAGUAGCAGCACAGUACGGGAUGAGUUGGACAGUUGUAAUAUCUGUAAUUGGAGAUUGUGGGAUGUUAUCGACUGAUUGUGACUGAUUCGUCAGCAAGAUGAUAAACUGGUGUAAUGCUGAUGCAAGUGAAUGUAUAAUGGAGUUCAUGCUAUCGAAGUGAAGCAUUUUAAAAUGUUGACUGGACAAAAAGAGUACAUUUAUGUAUACGACUUAAUUGGUAAAUAUGUGUAAAAUAAUACCUACGCAGGAAGGCAGCAGGGAGGAAGAAAGAGACAGAGAGAGAGAACGUUUGGAAGAGUAGAGAUCAAUGUCAGACAGACAGAAGUUUGUCAUCUGAGUCGGUAGAUCAAUACAUGAAGUGGUGUAUGUGAAGCGUGCAGUACGAGUUGAUAACAUGACAUUACGAUUCAUCCAAAAUUAUACGUUUGAACUGUAUGUACAACAAUACAGAUACUUACACAGGAAAUGGUCUGCCCUUAGAUGCCACGUUCGUGAUGGUUAGCUACCAUACAAACUUCAGCUUGUGGACAGGUUAUUUCCGUUAUUGUUGUUCGCUUCCCCAUAACGAUUCAUUACGUGAUUAAGUGAGCGGUCAUGCUUGAGGCAGAAGUAUGAAUGAAGAGUCACUAGUCCAGUGGUUCAUGUCUGACUGACAUAACACCCUAAUGUUGCUGGGAUUUCAGUAUUAUGUGGUUAUACAUAUUCUCUUUCUCAUUUUCUUUAUUCUGUUUUGAAGUUCUGUAUACUCUGGUAAUAUCCAGUGUAGCGUGAGUGGCAAAAUUUUGAUAUUUCUGUUGAAGUACAAUAGCAGAAGCCACAUCGAAACAACUGUACAAGUUACUCAUUUUAGAUACAUUCUGCAGCAAAUUUUCCGUUACAUAACUUCAUCCACAGCAGUUUUAAUAGUGUGUGCAAUUUUAUAGUAGAAUAUUAUGUAUUAGAGAUCAUCUAAUAAGAGACGUUAUUCCCAUAUUACAUAGCAUAUUUCGCAGACUUUUUAUUUGUAUUGAAUCAAGUUUAAGUUUUCAUUGUGAUUUCUAAUAAUCUAAGCUAAUAUACUCGUUUUCCAAACUGUUUACUGAAGGCAGUUGUAGAAUACAGGCCACUUGGACAACCGACGUAGUCUUGCUUUCCGACCAGAAAACUUUUGUGCUUUACGAGCUGUUUCAUUUAGUGCAAUGUGCUGAAUAUGUGACAGUCAUGUAUUAUAAUUUAUGUGUAUAGAACCCUGAGGGUGAUUUUCGUAUAAUGUGAGGCUGUAAAUACAUGAGAGAACUCUGACUUUCGUUAUGUAGAUCAUGGAAACAUGUAAACCCAUCCGUCGCUUUAUAAAUGUAACAUUAUCAGAAUCGUAAUUGAUAGACCUACAUGUAUUAGAGAAAUUGAUGUGCUGUGUCUUCUUUAAAUGUAAUAACAGAAAUUUACAAUUGAUUUGUGAUCUGCUCUUCAGCAUGAUAGGCAAUAAGAAACUUAGUUUCUACAUUUUAUGAACUGUAUUUCCUACAUAGUAAUGUUAAGUGUUUCCUUUAUUACUAUAGUACAGCUAUUUACAUGCCGCAGUCAUAACCAUUUGAUAACUUAAGGAAAAUAAGUUAGAGGACAGUAGAUAGUAUUUGCUAAAUACGUACUGCAAUAAAUUCUCUUAUAGUGAAACGUACGUUUUCCUUGAGAAAUGUUUCAA